CGCGCGCACGUAGUAGCCGCGGUGGAUAAGCGGCGCCCGCCGCACGGGCCCGGGGACCAGCAGCGCUGCGAAGGCAUCGCGCACGUAUCCGUGUGCGGCUAGCGAUCGCUUGCUGAGAGAGCUGCUGUCGUUGGUGCUCUGGACCGUUCCCGCCCGGCGCUGGCGGCUUCGCGGGCCCAUGACCAGAAGGUGCUCCGAGAUACUCCACGCAGAACACUUACCUAGCCCCAGCUCAGCCACUUCCGGAUCUGAAAAUAGUAACAUUUGUUACUAUAGGUGAAAGUGACCCCAAAGCUGCACACAGAGCAAGUCUUGUGAAAUAAAAUAUGGCAAUCUAAAGAAAGGCCAGCACCUCAGAAAUUCUAACUUCAAUAAGUCAUAUUGUCCAAGCCAAGAAUAAGAGCGAAGAGAGACUUUUCCUUCUACUAAAGUGAUGGAAGCUGGGCAGCAGUGGCCGUGGAAGACAGACUUUUAUGUGCAAUUGCCAAAAGUGGAGCUUCAUGCCCACUUGAAUGGCUCCAUUAGUUCCAGUACCAUGAAAAAACUAAUAGCCAUGAAACCGCAUCUUAAAGUCCAUGGUGACAUGACCAUGAUUGACAAGGGAAAGAAACGGACUUUAGAAGAAUGUUUCCAGAUGUUCCAAGUUAUUCAUCAGCUUACUACUAGUGCUGAGGACAUCCUGAUGGUCACAAAAGAUGUCAUUAAGGAAUUUGCAGAUGACGGUGUCAAGUACCUGGAGCUGAGAAGCACUCCCAGAGGGGAAAAUGCUACUGGAAUGACUCGGAAGACUUACGUGGAGUCUAUUCUUGAAGGCAUCAAACAAUGCAAACAAGAAAACUUAGAUAUUGAUGUUAGGUAUUUGAUGGCAAUUGACAGAAGAGGUGGCCCGGCAGUAGCCAGGGAGACUGUCGAACUUGCUAAAGAGUUCUUCCUUUCUACUGAUGAUACAGUUCUUGGCCUUGACCUCAGUGGAGAUCCAACUAUAGGACAAGCAAAAGACUUCUUGGAGCCUCUUUUAGAAGCUAAAAAAGCAGGUCUGAAGUUGGCAUUGCAUCUUGCAGAGAUUCCAAAUAAGGAAAAAGAAACUCAGAUGCUGCUGGAUCUGCUUCCUGACAGAAUUGGGCAUGGAACAUUCCUCAACGCCUCCCAGGCAGGGGCCCUGGAACAGGUGGACUUCGUGAGGCAACACCAGAUACCUCUCGAACUUUGUUUGACUUCAAACAUCAAAAGCCAGACAGUUCCUUCUUAUGACCAGCAUCACUUUGGAUUCUGGUACAGCAUUGCUCAUCCUUCUGUGAUCUGUACCGAUGAUAAAGGUGUUUUUGCGACAUACCUUUCUCAAGAAUAUCAACUGGCAGCAGACACAUUUAAUUUGACCCCAUCUCAGGUCUGGGAUCUGUCUUAUGAAGCCAUCAGCUACAUCUUUGCUUCUGACAACACCAAAUCUGAACUGAGAAAAAGGUGGACUUCCCUGCAGCACAAAGUUUUAAGCUGUAAUGAGGUGAACUACUUUUGAUUAUACGUUGUAACCAAGAUCUUCCUGCCAUACCAUCCCACUCAAUUAUUGCCCACUUGAAAUGUCUUCCCUUGAAGUUCAGUAGCCAAGUCUAAGUCCAGCACCUUCUUAUGGUGAGUGCUCAGGAGACCUCAGACUAAGAGCCUCAGGUCUAGCAUGGCUGUGCCUCCAUGUUGCAUGCCGGAGGGUUGUUAAUCCUCAUUCCGGAGUGACUGUGUUUUUGCACUUAGCUCUCUUUCGAUAUUUGUGACCGUAAACCUGAGAAGUUGAAACUCUUUGUCUUCAGGGAAACCUCCAUUUGUUAGGUUUAAUCAGACUCCUUCCACUUCCUUUUACCCUUUUAAGUAUUAUUUUUUAAGACUGUUGAUGUUAGACCACAGUGUACACCUGCACUGUUUGUAUGGGUGCCUAGUUGUCAGGCGACUGAUUUUUAAAUAAAUCAGCUUUAUUUAAAAUCA